CCUCCUCCUCCUCCUCCUACUCCAAACACACAACAACAACCACCGCCACAAACUCGCUGCUGCUCCUCCGAAACGCCCAGAUUGCAAACCACAGAGCUGCCUGCAACAGAGAGAGGGAGAAAAGGAGAGAGGGAAAAGGAGGAGGAAGCAAAAGAGCGGAGAGCAGCUGCAGCCAGCUUUCACAGGCAGAAACGACUGCACAUUGCACAGGCUGUGUCUGCCAGAAGGAGGUCGAUACGAAACUUGGGGAUUUUGCUUAACUUCAUUUUCAGGUCGUUUUCUUGUACGGUUCUAUCGUCUCGCCAGAACUACAAAGUAACUCGGUGUUGGCGAUUCGGCCUUCUGUUCAUUGAGAAAAAAAAAAAAGAGGAAAUACUCCUUGUGUUUUUCUUCUUUUAGGAAGAGAGGGGAAAACGAAAAAGAAGGAAAAAAAUACCUUUCGCCCUUAACCCGGAGUGUUUUUACUUAAUUGAAUCUAUCGGAGGUUUCUUCGCUUUGGAUUUUCUUUUCAUUUCUAUUUUUUCCCCUUCUGAUGGCUUGCAAGUUGGACUGAAGCAGAGUUUGGAAAGCAAAAGUUUGUUUUAGGGCUGGAUUUAUUUGCAAACCACAGGAAGAAGAAAAUACAAGGGAGAGAGGGGUUGGUGCAGAGCCGCGAUCACGGAGUUCAGAUGUGUUCUAAGCCUGCUGGAGUGAUCACCCUUCAGAAUCCUGAUGGAGACAAGAGCUCAGAAUGGCAGUGGGUCCCAGCCCUUGUUACAGGCUCCCCGUGACAGUGGCAGGCAGCAUGGGGAGCCUGACCUGAGAGAUGCUCUCACACAGCAGGUUCACGUGUUGUCACUGGACCAGAUUAGGGCCAUCCGAAACACAAAUGAAUAUACUGAGGGACCUACAGUAGCUCCAAGACCUGGGGUCAAACCUGCCCCUCGACCCACCACUCAACACAAAAAUGAAAGACUCCACGGAUUAACUGAGCACCGUCAGUUUAGCCGGGUCCAGCAUUCACAGACACAUUCUUUUGUUCGAGCACCUCUGUCUCGAUCCAUUAGCACUGUGAGCACAGGAUCCAGAAGCAGUACAAGGACAAGUACCAGUAGCAAUUCCUCCGAACAAAGACUUUUAGGAUCAUCCUUUUCUUCUUCAGGGCUAGUUGCUGAUGGGAUAAUCCGGGUGCAGCCCAAAUCUGAGCUCAAGCCAGGUGAACUGAAGCCCUUGAGCAAGGAAGACUUGGGUCUGCAUGCUUACAGGUGUGAGGAUUGUGGGAAGUGUAAGUGUAAGGAGUGCACCUAUCCAAGGCCUCUGCCAUCAGACUGGAUCUGUGACAAACAGUGUCUUUGCUCAGCUCAGAACGUGAUUGAUUAUGGGACUUGUGUAUGCUGUGUGAAAGGCCUCUUCUAUCACUGCUCCAAUGAUGAUGAGGAUAACUGUGCUGACAACCCCUGCUCUUGCAGUCAGUCUCAUUGCUGUACUCGGUGGUCUGCCAUGGGGGUCAUGUCUCUCUUUCUGCCUUGUUUGUGGUGUUACCUUCCAGCCAAGGGUUGCCUUAAGUUGUGCCAGGGGUGUUAUGAUCGAGUUAACAGGCCUGGGUGCCGCUGUAAAAACUCAAAUACAGUUUGCUGCAGGGUUCCCAGUGUCCCACCUAGGAACUUUGAAAAACCAACAUAGCAUCAUUAAUCAGGAAUACAGCAGUAAUAAUAAGAAUUCUCUCUCUACUUCUCUUUUUCUGUCUGUCUUUUUCUCUCUCUCUCUUUUUCUCUGUCUCUUUUAACACAUAUGCAACCAACUAAACAGUUAUAAUCUUGGCACUGUUAGUAAGGGUUGGGAUAUACUUUGCUGUUUGCAGUGAAAUGCUUUUUUUGUGCGUGUGCCAUCUUAACUGAUAGGCUUGUUAGAACACAGCUAAUGGAGCUCAAAAUAUGGGAUACAGAACUUGGUGACCCACAUAUUGCAUAAGCUAAAGCAACACAGACACUCCUAGGCAACUUUAUCAUUUGUGAAUAGUACUUGCAAAGUUUGUAAAUUAGCAAAUGACUCCUUUUUCCAUUGUUUUCUGCCAGAGAUAAUGUGCUAUAUUUUUGUAUAUACAAUAAUAUUUGCAACUGUGAAAAAACAAGUUGUGCCAUAAUGCAUGGCACAGUCACAAAAUAUUAUACUAAUAUGUUGUACAUUCGGAAGAAUGUGAAUCAAUCAGUAUGUUUUUAGAUUGUAUUUUGCCUUACAGAAAACCUUUAUUGCAAGACUCUGAUUUCCCUUUGGACUUCAUGUAUAUUGUACAGUUACAGUAAAAUUCAGCCUUUAUUUUCUAAUUUUUUUCAACAUAUUGUUUAGUGUAAAGAAUAUUUAUUUGAAGUUUUAUUAUUUUAUAAAGAAGAAGAAUAUUUAUUUUAAGAGGCAUCUUACAAAUUUCACCCCUUUUAUGAGGACGUGAUAGUUGCUGCAAGUAAGGGGUUACAGAUGCAUAUGUUCAAUAUAAAAUAGAAAAUAUAUUAACGUUUGAAAUUAAA